CAUCGCUCACCGCCGGACCCUCGAACUGUAACACCGAGGUGAGUGUAGCGGGUAAGUCCAAAUAAAGUCACCACUAACGGAGCGACGAUGUCCUCGGUUCAGCAUCUGAAAGAGUUCAUCUCCCAGCGACUGACCGCUGCUGCUGUGGAAAUAUUCGGAGCCUUUGAACAAACCAUCGUCGAGUACGAAGAAGAGCUCGACCGUCAGCGCAGACUGUUGGACGCUGUGUUGAAACCUGAGAUCAAACUACACAGGAUAGAGAUUCCAGUGAUUCCAGAUGUGUGUGAGGAAGAGGAGGAGGUUCCCACUCACCUGCAGAUGUCUCAUCACGUGAAGAAAAUUAGUCAGGAUAAAGAUGAUCCAAAUCUUAUACAACUAAAAGAGGAACUUGAGGAACCACACACCAGUGAGGAAGGAGAGACGCUUGUUCUGAAGCAGGAGACCGAUAAUGUGAUGAGUUCAGCAUACGAGGACAAUGCAGCAGUAGCAAAUGCUGACAAUCAACUCCUCUCUCACAGCUCUCUUGUCACCCUCCUUGUAGACAACUCUGCUAUAGUAGAGAGUCCCACAGAUAAAAAGACUUUUAUAUGUACUACUAAUAGAGCCUUUAAAGGUAAAGGUGCAUUACAGACCCAUGUGAAAACCCACACAAAGCAACAUCUGAUAUGUAACACAUGUGGAAAGGUAUUUCUUCGUUCAUCAGUGUUAAAAACGCAUGAGAGGAUCCACACAGGUGAGAAACCAUUCCUCUGCAAAACCUGCGGGAAACGAUAUAAACAAAAACCCCAUUUGGAAGCUCAUAUAAGGAUUCACACAGGUGAGAAGCCAUUCCCAUGUAAAAUCUGCGGGAAACGGUUUAGGCAACAGUCACAACUGGGAGUUCAUCUAAGGAGCCACACAGGUGAGAAGCCAUAUGCAUGCAAAAGAUGUGGGAAACGAUUUAGAAUAAAAUCAAGUCUAGGAAGUCACCUAAGGAUCCACACAGGUGAGAAGCCAUUCCUCUGCAAAACCUGCGGGAAACGAUUUAGCCAAAAACACCACCUGAAAGGUCAUCUAAGGAUUCACACAGAUGAAAACCCUGUGAGAAAUGAUUUGGAUGAAAGUCAAAUCUAGGAGUUCAUCUGAUGACUCACACAGGUUAGAAAAUAUAUGUAUGUGGUGGAAAGGUGUGGAAAACACAACAUCAGUUUUGGACUCCACUCGAGAAAAGUUCACACAGGCGACAUGCUGUACUGCUGUAACGUCUGCGGCAAAGGCUUCAGUGAAUCCAGGACUUUGAAACAACACAUAAUGCUGCACACAGGUGAAAGCCCUUUUUCUGUGAAGCAUGUGGAUAAAGUCUUACAGGUGGUAAAGCCUUGUUGAACCACAUGAGGUCUCACACAGUUCUGUGUGGAACUGUGUUUAUGUUUAUUGUUGAAACUACAAAACCUAAUGAAAACAGCUCUUGGCAGCAUUUCUACAGCAUCUUCUGCUCAUGGAUGCUUUACAUGGCUUACGUACGUAGUAAGUAGUGAUGUACAGAAUGUUCAGGAAGUUGUUCCUGAGAAGUUUAUAUUUAUCGUUGUAGCAUCCACAAUGCAUAUUGGGACGGAGUUAACCUGGGAACCCUAGAACUGUCACAUAUAUCACCUGUGAAACUCCUUUCUGGGGUUUCCAAGCCAGCACCAAGAGAUAGCAGUCUUAAAGCUGAUAAGUGAACUAAUUAAGAAUGGAAAGACCUUUAUUCAAACCCAAAGUUCUGGUUCAGAUGCAUCAAGCCUUCAAUGGUCAUGAAACCAAGUUUGUCGGUCAUGUUUUCAGUAGACAAUAUACUGUGAUUUGAUGCAAGAUUGGUUUGUGUACAAGGUUUAUUCACCAACUCACAUAACAGUAAAAGUAGAAAAGACCUGAGACACUGCACACAUCGCCUCUGACCCUUAUUGUACAGAAUGUCCGUGUUGUUAGACCAGCCCGGUUUAUUGUACUUGGUCACUCUUUUAUGUGGAACACCAGUUGUUAGCCACCGCCAAGCGACAGAGCAAUCUGUGGAUAAAGCGCCUAAUGCUACCUACCUACCUGUUAGGGGUAAUGUAAACCAUGCGCUUCAUCCGCAGAUUAUUCUGUCGCUGAACGCGCGCGCUAACAGGUAAGUAACGUCAACUGGUGUUCCAUAUGAAAGAGGCAGCAUGUUAACUGGCGACCGACUUCCGGUGAGUUUUACCUGAGUGACAUCCUGUUAGCUGUCCCCGUCAAUGCCUUGGUUUACGUUGCCUAUCUUGCAGCGCAUGCGCUCUCCGCGACAGAGUCAUCUAUGGACGGAGCGUAGCGUUUAACUUGUGUUUUGUGUCGUGUUUUUUUGUGAACGAUCAGGAGCGUCUUUUCCUUUACCGAUUUAGCUGGUAAUUGCCGGCAGGCGCUAUCAGCGCCUAAGUAAGCUGUGGGUGAAGCAGAGUCAGAGCGGUGCAGGUCUCAGCUGACGGUUGAAAGUGAAUGCUGUGAACUAAAUAAAUGAUAGCGAUUUCGCAGACCAAG